AUGGCCAAAACUGUCUCUGAAUAUUAUUAUUUAAAUUACUCAAAAUGCGAAAUUGACGAUAGUUUCUUUGCUUCAUCAGACAGUUUAUUCUACUCCUACAGAGUAAUUCAAUGUAUUGCGUCUCCUAUUCAACUCUUCACUUUCUACAUGAUCUUGAAGAGGACUCCAGGAAAAAUGAGCGCCGCGAAGUUUCCCUUGCUGGUUUUGCAUUUUUUUUGCACAUUCCAAGACUUUCAAUUCUUCACUCUCACAACUCCAUACAUGUUCUUUCCGUCGAUGGGAUUUCUUGGCGUAGGAUUUUUGAGUUAUAUCGGAGUCUCAAUGGUUUGGCAGAACAUGAUCAUGUACUUUUCUGCAUAUUCCACCGGAUUCUCCAUCGUUCACUUAUUCGAAAGCCGCAGCAGUUCUAUUUCAAGUAACAUAUUCAAAAUAAAAAAGACCAGAACUCGAAUCAUAUACUACAUCUUUCUAUGGUCUAUCCCAAUGCUUCUAACUUUCUCCAUAUUUUCAAGACCUCCCAAGCCUUGUCCAACACAAGAAUUUUUCUUGCCCUCCACUUUUAUUCUGUUGGACACCUUUUGGACGAGUAUAUUCAUGACAAAAAUUGUCCCAGUCAUAGCAAUUUUCGUGUUAUUCCAAGCAGGCUUUUUCGUUGGUUGCUCAAUAUAUUAUCUCUACAUUGCUCCUGCAAACAUUACAUCUUCUCGAACUCGCCGUCAACAACGUCAUUUCUUUGUAGGAAUAAUCAUUCAAACAUCCGUCCCAAUUAUUGUGACGACACUACCGUAUACCAUUUUUGCGAUUGAACUUUUAAGGGGCCAAUUGACUCAAAGAAUGACAAAUCUGGUUACUAUAACUGUUGGGUGCCAUGGUUCCAUUGCAAGUAUAGCGAUUCUGAUGGUACAUCAGCCAUAUCGACAGAAUAUAUUUCGGAAGUUGCAUUUUGAAAGUGAGACGGCGGAAGUGAAAUUCUUCGUUUCUUAUCAUAGAUCCAGUGAUACAAGAAUUUGA